AUGUUACCUUUGGCCUCGCUUGGUACGUUCAUAAACUUCGCUGCAACUUUGUUCUGGUUAACAAUUGUGGCAGGUACGUCUAGCGAGGUUGAAUCAGAUAUCCUAUUAUUAUAAUUGUAUUAUUGUAUAACAAGUUUGUAAUAUCAAUUUACACCUGCUUUCCGUAAGAGGAAAGCGGAACAGAGUACAUUUGACAACCUUUCGACUGUGCCUUACGUGCGAGAAAAACCUCAAAUGUGCACAAACGUUGGAUUGUUAUCAAUUUUGUCAUCCAAAUCACAAGAUUAAAGAGCCGGUGAUACCUCUUAUCUACUUAGUUUAUUUGCAUGUAAGUACCACAUUUAAAAAUGCACUGAGGCGACAUCAUUUUUUAACCUGACGCAAGAGAGGACAGGCAGCAGGGAAAACGCAAAUAAACGGCAUUGAAGGGAUAAAUUUAGGUACAAGAAGCUAUAAAAUCAGCCCAGUAUACUAGAUUUAUUGAGGCAAAAAAAAACAACAACAACAACAACAACAACAGCAAAACAAAACAAAGUGAAAUAUCACACCAAAUUUUGUACUUUCUGAAAAACUUCUGUUUAUUCGACAUGUAAUUUUUUGAAUGGCCUUUCUGUACCCAAAAAUAAGAAUAAUAUAUUGUUUUCAGUGACUGACCAAUUUGCUAAUCAACGUUCUUUGGUUUUCUUUAAUAGAAGGGAUUGCAGGCAAUCAUUUUUUCAAAGAACAGGUAAUACAGUUCAAUGUAAAAUUAUUGGCCUGGUUAAUGAGAUUCGAAGCCUACAAAUCAUUCUCUUCACUGAGAAGGAGCGCAUAUUGCUUUAAGUUACAAAAAAGAAGAGAUGUAUACGUUUGUGAAUAUUAAGUAAACAAAGGGGGUACACGACCACCCGGUUAGUUCAUUUGAAAGGGCGCCGCUGGGUUUAAACCCGGCCGGACCGCCAAGUAAGGUCUUUUAAAAAAUCUGGUUAGGUCAUGUUUGCCUUGUGUGGUAAUAGAAGAUUAAUAGACGGAUAAGUGCAGACGACGGACAAAACAGCUUUCUUUAAUCCAUACAAACAAGCACGACAUCCUACAGACCAUACCAUGAUUCUUCGCGCACCCUUAACCCUUUAUAGCAGUCACGAAAAUGUCUAAACACUACACUGUGAUUAAAGAUCACAGGAUGUUGAGCGGAUUAAGCAGUUUGCCUUAUUUCCUUCUUCUCUAAUGAAUUCGCAUUGGCGUGCGAAAGAACCGACAAUGCUGUUCGAAAAGAGCACGGGGCGUAGACCGCAGUAGUGUGAUCGCUCUAUAUCUCCCUCGGGGAAAGAGGACCGUUACGUGCUCGCAAUCGCAUGUUUCAUGUUGUUACAUGCAGUUACCGUGCUAUAAUGAUUGCCAAUGAACAGCGAAAUAGAAACUUCCAAAAAAAUAUUUACGACUGUAACGUGGCGUAAGUAAGAGUAAGUGAGUUAUGUUUGGAUUAAAUUUCAAUAGUUUGGGUAAUUUUUUAGGUUAACCAGUAAUAUAGUUAAUAAAGGAAUUGUUCUCUCGUGCAGUACCAUGAUUUACACCAUAAUAUGAACGACGCAGAUCUGGAGAAGACAUUUGGAGUUGACAAUCGAGGAAAAGGUUUUAACACUGUUUAAUUAAGCCUGUUUCUAAGUUUGAAUUUAAUAUCAAAUGAAUCCUGCAAGGCACCCCGCUUUAGUAUGUCAGUUUGGCUGAAUAGAUCUAACAAGUUGGAAUGUUAACCAGAUGAAGCUGGAGGCUGCAUUAUGUUCGCACAUCCUUUAAUUUGGAUCACUUUAAUUUACAAAAAACCGUUCAAUUAAACUUUUUUAUGGAAUUAGAUCCAAAUAUUACUAGCAACGAUAGUCACAAAUCUUUUGCGUUUGUAUUAGUUUUCGAUUCAUGAAUUUUCACCGUAAUCACCCAAAAUCUUCAGAUGUUAUUACUGCUUCAAUAUUGUUGUUUUGGUAGUCAUUCUUUUACCUUAUAUAUUCUCCAGUCCCAGAGUACGAAGUGACAGCACUCUACCAAUCGGACGAAUAUGGAAAUAAAGUUGAAAAUCUUCUUCAAGGCAAAACCAGAGCACGGAGAGCAACAUAUGAGCAGAACGCUUUGUAUUAUAACAUCCAGGCUUUUGGCAGAUCAAUGCUUCUGAACGUGACCCGAAUGAAGCCCCUUGUAUCCUCUAAUGCCUUGAUUCAAACGGUUCAUAACGAUGGUACUUCGACCUAUAAAGACAUUCCUCAUGGCUUACACUACACUGGUCAUGUGAUUUCGGACCCAGACUCACUUGUUGCACUCAGAGAAAAUAAAGGGCUGGUAAGUUGACUUACGCAUAUGAAGUUGCCUCUUUGAGUUUGUUUUAACACCUUCGCGGUACAGUGUAUUGUCCACGGAGAAGUUCCUCCUUUAUAGGAAAUUAACCGGUCACGAAAUUAUAGUCGCGUUAAUUUUUUUUUAACUUUAAUUUCCGUGUCGUUGAUUAAGUGGAGGGUUAUUUUCUGCUACCUUAAACUUCCAUUAUUUUGGCCACAAAUUCUCGAUAGAUUUUGUCAGAGGAGUAUUUUAUCAGGGUGGAGAUUCGCCAGUAACAGUGAAACUGUUGUGAAGAACCCUCAAAGUGGCCAGACUUCGCUUGACCCCCUUUGGACGUUUAGGGAAAGAACCACGAACAAAGUUUCCGUUUGGGAUUACACAUCGUUUAACUUUGUUCCUGUUGUCUCAACAUGACUACAGGUUUUGUUUCUUUGUGAACGUCACGUUAAAUUGUCCCUCAUUUUGAAUUAUUUCCCUCUCUUGACUACCUCUCUUUCGCAUUAAAUUUUCUUUAUUCGAAAGUCGUUUUCUAUUUCUAGUCGUUUAUUUAAGUAACAUAUUUUCCAAUACCUUAAUUUUAACGGAGCUUUUAUUUCCCAUAAAAAGGUAGAUGUCUUUUUUAUGUAUUUAACAAAGUUAACUUAAGGGCAUAAUUUUGAAUAGCUGCUUUCGGCCAGUUUUGGCAGAUGGAUUCAAGAUGUCAAAAAUUCAGUGAUGAAGACAUUUUAGGUUGAAAUAGAGGUCUACUUCAAUUGUCUUUUCGUAAAGGCUAACUGCCAAAACAGAUGCAACCUUCGAUCAUUAGAAAAAAUGAGAUCAUGAGAUCACAAAGUGUACAUAAUGAAGAAAUGAUUGAUGUUAUUUAUUAUUAUUUUUUAGUAUGUUUAUUGAUAAUCGCAUUAAAUAAUUACAUUUACAAUAUCACAAAAACAAACAAAAAAAAACACUUUAACAAGAGGCAUUGACAGAGUACAGCAAAAUUAAUUGUCAAAUUAUUACAGGGCUAAAAGAAAUCAUAAAAAAGUACAACAGGGCAACGAAAUUAUACGCAGUUCAUACAGUUAACUUAAAUAAGGCGUCAGUAUCCACUUUCUUUUAAAGAAUUCUUUCUUGCUGAUUUUUUCUUCUGUUUCAUAUUUACCGAUGAUCUUGGCUCUAAAUCCAUAAAUGUUUGGAAGGAUUUGUUUGCUCCUGCAGUCCCACAAAUAGAGUUUUCCAAUAAUUAUAAAAUAGUUCAGCAAUUGAAGUAAAGGGCAAGGAUUUUCCGUCAGAAUUCCAAAGAGCACAUUUUCCAAGCAGAGACGAAUUCGUUGAUUCGAAAUAAGGCACCAAUAUAGUUCAAAUUCAAUCCAAAACUGUUUAGAGCGUGAGCAGUGAUAGAAAAAAUGGGUUAAUGAUUCAGGUUGAUUGUCACAGAAAGUACUAGCCUGCGUAGCAAGCGUUUCCUCGCGAGGUUCGUCUAGAAAGCUGGGACAAGAGCAAAAAAAAAAAUGAAUGACGGGGGAGGGGGAGGGGAACGAAUCAACCUUUUUUUUGCUUCCGCUCAAACUUUCGCACAAUAACUCGAUUGGAAACGCUUGCUACGCAGGCUAAGAAAGUACAUAAAUCAUUUGUUCUAAAACCUAUUUUAUAAUAAUUGAUGUUAUUGCUUCUUGACAGACGGGAAUGAUCAGUACUCUAGGGGACACAUUUUACAUACAGCCUCUCCCUUCUCAUCUUAUAAAAAGUAACAUAUUAAAAGAUAGCCAUCCUCACGUGAUCUAUCGGCGAUCCAACGAAGAGGACGUUUCAUCAGAUUUCCAUAGUUCAGGUAUGCCUUCAAAAGCCGAAUUUGUUCGAUUCUGGCAAGCGAGCUGUUAGUAUUGACUGAGUAUAGUCGGUCACCUUCUUUUGAUUUCCCAAGCAGGGGGAAUUUUUUAAAAGUGUGAUUGUCUGGGAAGUGAUAAUAUCGUCUCUCUCCCCUCCUCUACAUCACACCCCAUGCCCCCCCCCUUCGACCUACCCGCCACAAAACCUGGGUAUUCUAAGAAAAUUCUUGAAAUCCGUCUAAGUAAUCUGAAAGUCAAUUACAGCUUUUGGCUGUAGCAAAAACAAAAUCUGCAGUCGAUCCAUUUACCAUGGAUUAGUAUCACUGGAAAGAAUAUCCGCUUCUUUUCAUAAUUAGAAAUUUUGUGAAAAUGACUCAGGUUCGUAAAGGGUCUUUCUUUGCAAGACCGAGAAACAAAGGGCCAGAUAUUUAAAUGGAGUUUAGUCUGGGUUUAACAAAUCCGCGUUUCAAGCCAUACUGUUGUGUUAACAACAUUUAGUAUACCGCUAUUUCGAGAAAGGUUGUCGGAAAAAAUGUGCACGUGACAAUCCCGAAAGGUAAUAUGAGAUACGUUCAAUACACUGUUCCUGACACUGUAGCUGUCGAACCUACUUUUGUUGCUUUCCUUUAGCACUCGCAGACAUAUGUCCAUGGCCUCUCGUGCCAUUCUUUCAAAUUUCUUUGAAAAACAGUGAACUCAAAACCGCCCACAAUACCUUUCGGGGUUGUCGCGCGUACUUGAUCCGACAACCUUUCUCGAAAUAGCUGUAUACUAAAACAGUGGAUAGUGUUUUUCGCGCGCUCUGAUUUGCUACUCAACCUCUGGAUAUCCAGUCCUAUUCAAUGAUUCACCUCCAGUUCCCCCGAGAAAGCGACGCCAAACUCGCCUAAGUUAUGAGCAAAAUCUUUUCCCCUUUUUGCUACCGUAACAAACAAAGAAAUUUCGCAAAUACAUGUAAUCAAACAAGCUGUUCCCGAAAUACACGAAGGUGACGAUAUUUGGUUUGGAAGUUUUAACAGGUAAAGCUUUGCCUAUUUGACUUGAAUUCAUCGAUGAAACUGGUGAAAAAGGUUUUUGUUAACAAAUGCAACUUGCAAAUUAAGCUUCAGUCUUGCGCUACUUUCUUUAGCUGACAUGUUCAUAAAUAAUCUUAAAACUAAACUUAAUACUUUUUCUAAGAAUGACUGUAAAUACGAAGAGAAUUCACAACUCCUUUUGAAUUAAUUUCCCCGGAAGAGCUUAACAAAUGCCUUCAAGUCACCUUUUGUUUGUAGGCAAGAAAACGCGACGGCCGUUAGGUCAUUGCCUACCAAAAUUGUAAUCGUUGGCAACAGUAAAUGAGUUAAAAAUCAUGAUUUUUGUGCUCAAUUAUCUCACUGUUUUAGUUUAGGCUAGGUAAAUACCACCACUAGCUAGCCACCUGCAUUUCGGUGAAUAAGGCCUAUUUCAAACGUCGUGCUACCGCCGUGUUAAGCUGGCUCGACUGUAGCUCGACUGCAGCACGACAUUAGCAAGACUUGGUUUCAGACGUCGAAUUUAAUUCACACAAUGACAGUCGAAUGGAUCGGCUGUUGCCAAAAACAAAACACAAAAAUAAAGAAACGGUUUAGCAAACGUUUAAAUAUAUCUUCUAAUGUAUUUAUAAUUCAUGAAUUGAGGUCGGCACGGCGGGUAGCACGACGUUUGAAACCAAGUCGAGCUACUGCCGUGUAGCACGGCAAGGCUUGCCGUGCUACUUGGCAGUAGCACAACUUGGUUUGAAACGUCGCGGUACUGCCGCGCUAAAGUCGCAUUUAAUUCAAUCAAUUGAGUUCGGCACGGCAGUAGCACGACGUUUGAAGCGGGCCUAAAUGUUAUUCAUCGUGAACCGUUUCAUGAAAGCAUAUGGCGCAGACUAAAAAAUCAUUUAUCUUCUUAAAAUAACACACUUAAGGAAUAGAUCUGGAAGUUCAAAGAUUUCCUAAACCGCGGUCUAAGUUAGACUUCGUUUAAAUAACCGACCCAGCGAGUUCUUAUAUUUACGUAAAAGGCCGACUAAUUGGGUCAAUUUCUCUCACACAUGUAAAAAAAUAUGUUCCUUUCUUGUUAGAUGAUAUCGUUAGAUCCUCAAACCAGGCAAAACUAGGACGUCAUUGGAGACAAAAACGUCAAGCUCCGCACAAGUUCUUAGAAGUGGCCCUUGUAGCAGACAACUUUGCCAUCUCGGCUUACGGCGAGGAAAAGAUGAUGGAUCACCUGCUAACCGUUGCCCAUAUAGUAUGUUCUUGUUUUUGUAAACUAAAACCAUGAAUGGGGUGGUCUCGUGAAAUAUGAUAGCCUUAACAAAUAAGCGACCAAUAGAAAAGAGAAGCAGGCCAAAACAAUUGAUGCAAUGCUUAGAAUUCUGCUGCACUCCUUUUUUUUCGGUUGGACGUCCUUGACCAAGGUUUGUUGUUAAAACCAUCGCAUGGGCUUUGGCCUUUGUAUUGCAACAAGUAGACAACUUGACCUGUGAGAAAAAUGAAUCAUAGGAAUAUGAACGUAAUCGCUUAUUCUCCCUUUAUUAGCCUUUUUGUUUCGUUUACUAUGUAGCCGGGUUUUUUGAAGCAUACAUACCAGCCGAAAGUUGAAGCCAUUUGAAUGAAAAAAGACAUCCUCUGAGCCCGAAAAUCACACCAGCUAAGAAAGGAGAAAGACAGUAUAAAAAGAAAGGGAAGAAAGUUAAGAAGAGAAGAAGAGAAAAAAAAGUGUUGGGUUGCACUCUUUAUAGUUUUUAAUAUUCAUUUGAAUAUACUUGGAUAUUUUUAACUAAAAAAGCUGCUUGACAGAAGAGGCCUUUUUAUGGCGGUACCGUUUUCAGAAAUCCAGCUAGAUAUGCAUGAGGCUGUACUGACGUUCUUUGUUUAGCCAUAAAAAGCCUCCCAUUGAGAACAGCUGACGAUACGCAAAAUGAAGGGAAUUUUCAUGUAUUUUUUUCCUACAAUGAAUGUAGGACAUGCGAUCGAAUCUAGGUAAGCAAAAGCUGGCUUUUUUGAAGAAAAAGAUAGUCGGAAAGUAGAGGACCCCUCCCCUACCCACCAUGGAAAAGCACAGAACGAGAUCUUUACAAAAUACGCAAGCGGUGUCUGCACAUUAGGUUGCAUAAAUAACUUACACCCCCUACACCCACCCUUCCUCUCUAUAUGAGUUUCCUUCUUGUUGCUGUCCUAAUCUGUCGUGUUUUCUCUUCCAAAGGUAACUCAACUAUUCCACGAUAAAAGUAUUGGGCCUGUCAAAAUCACACCUGUGAUUCUUCGAGUAGUGCUCAAAAAUGACGGGGUAAGAACUGCCAAUAAUUUUGCAGCAGACAGAGUAAGACAUUAUUAUGUACUGUAUUACCCCAUCCCAGAGCAGUGCACAAGAUUUUAUGCCUUCUUUUAUUUUUCAAUACCUUAAUUAGUUGUGCGAGUGAGGUAUUGUACGUGAUCACUCACACAGCGUUUUUUUUUUCUGUAUCUUGUUUAGUUUGGUUACAAUUCAGGCUCAGCAAAGGGUGAGAGAAUAAGGGCGUUUGAAAAGUGGGUGGCUGAAGAGUUUCCAGAUUCAGACAAGGAUCCCGAACAUCCUGAUGCCGCAGUCCUUAUUACCAGAAGGUGCAAUUAUCAUAUCUUUUUUUCCUCUUUUAUUUUGUUCAGUUUGUUUAAUUUGAACUCUAAUCAGGGUAAGGCAGAUCACAGGAUAGUGUAGUGUAGUGCGGUGCCAUGCGGUGUAGUGUAAUGUACUGCUGUGCAAAAGAGCUCAUCUACAGGACUGGAAGGCAAUUCUAUAGAGGCCAUUCGCCCACUUUCAUCUAAGAGAGGGGCUGGCUAUCCUAGAAUGGACUCUGCUAUGAGAGGGUCCACACAAGUAUUCAACCUAGUUUCGUUUUUACAGAAAUUUAAUGAGGCAUAGUUGCCUUGCGUAUAAUAAAUUAUGAGAAUAAAGAACAUGUUGUUCUCAUGUAUUUUCAUUUUUUCGUUUAUCUCUCUAGGACGACAGGAGGUGAGUGUUGCAAACUGAUCAUGUGUAUAACUGAAAAAUGAGGUUUUAAUCUUUAGAACAUAUUUUCACAUUACAAGAAGUUCUUUGAAGAUGUCACUGGACGAAAAAACGGAUUUACCCGUAUAGAAAAUUUGGAGCAAACCAUCGGCAAAUGCCACAUUUGCUCAAUUUUGCUCAAUUUUGCCAAAUGGCGUAGCAUCAAAUUUGCCAUAAUUUUGCAUUGAUGGCAAAGGUGGUAAAUGCCGAAUUUGCCUCAAAUUUGCCGCAUGAGUAAAAACAAGGAUAACUUUUACUUUUUCAAGGCAUUUACAAAGGUACCAAAGUUGAUGCUGAAACUGAAAUUUGUCAGGCUUUUGCUCAAAUGGGCAAAACCGAUCGAAGACGAAUUUUUGAAUGCGUUUGCUCUCUGUAGCAAAUUCGAUCAAAGGAAUAAUUUCACACAUUUUUGCUCACUGUAGUAAAUGCGACCAAAACUCAUUUUUCAACAGUUUUGCCCAGGAUAGUAAAUCUGAGCAAAAAUCAUUUUAUUUAUGUUUUGCCCAGUGUAGCAAUUUUGGCCAAAUACCACUUUAUCCUCAAUUUUGCCAAGGUGGCAAAUAUGAUCAGAAUAGCAGUUUUCCAUACUUUUCCUCAUAGUAGCAAAGUUGGUCAAAUAUCAUUUUACCGUACUUUUUGCUCAGUGUGGCAAAUAUGAUCAAAAUUGUCGUUUUCCACUGUUUUACGCAGGGUAGCAAAUUUGUUCAAAUACCACUUUAUUCUCAAUUUUGCUCAGGAUUGCAAAUAUGGUCAAAAUAGUAGUUUUGCAUACUUUUCUUCAUUGUAGCAAAGUUGGGUCAAAUAUCAGUUUUUUUCCAUAUCUUUACUCAGUGUGGCAAAUAUUGCCAAAAGGAGUUUUCCAUACUUUUGCUCAGGUAAACAAAGUUGAUCAAAAGAUCAUUAUCCACAUGUUUCUUAUUUUUAUUUGGUACUAUAAAUUAAUGACUGACAAACUAUUUAGACAACAACAAAAAUUCAAGAAUAAAAUGACUUUAUUAGCUUUAAUAUACAAAAAAAGUAUUAAAAUAAAAAACCAGCUUCAAAUAUUAUCAUGUUAAGUGAUAUUCCUCAAAUAAUAAAGAAUAUAAUUGAUUUUUUUUUUUUAUAUAUUAUUUCUAUAAUUAAAAUAAUUAUUUGUAAGUACUUAUGUUCAUCUGUUGAAUAUUAUCCACCACCCAAAAUAGGCAGUGAAUAUUUAUUUGCAUCUUGCCAUAUAAUAUAGUGUAUCUGGUGCUAGUCAUUGACCCUAAAGGGAGAUACAUUGUAUGAUUCUUUUUUAACCAAAUCAAUUAUUUCAAAAUAUUUUUUAACUAAAAUGUGUCACUUUUCCAGAGCUCUGUGUAUUUCUAUGAUUUGGGUACAACUUCAAUAAAUCUUUUUACCCAGUAGUAAUAAUUAAAUAAAAACAAUAACAUUAUAAGGUCAAUUUUGUCACCUUUUUAGCAUAUACAUAUAGGGGCUUUAUUUCCUGCUAAACUUCUAAAACUAGCAUGAAACGACCCCCAAUUUUACUCUCAUCCUAUAGGUAGUCAAAAGCUUUUCAAGUUGUGGAAGCAAAUCUGCAAUUUGAUUAUAAACCUACGUGUACAGUAUUAAUUUAUUAUGAGCAUAAAUAAUUUCUUAUAUUUGUUUCUAUCAUCAAAUUAUUUGCAAAAAAAAUGUUGCCUGAUUCACAUGGUCAGCUGUUUUUGUUGCAGUAUGGGAUUGAUAUUGGUGUUGCAAACAAAACCUAACACAAUAGACCUUUUUACCGAUACGACGGCCAUAUUGAAUAAACUCAAUUUAAGGAGUAUUAUAGGGUGCCCAGGGGGCAUGAGCACAUUUCGUUUGUAUUUUUGAGUGCUUUUCGGGACAUCUUUUCUUAACGUUUUCUUAGAAUAAAAUUGUAAUGAGAAAAAGAUCCUUGUGCCGUGUUUGGAUGUAACAGUGAUCGCCUUUUUCUAGUUUAGUAUUAGAAAUUUGGUCUUUCACUGUAUAUUUCUUUGGAAAAAAGGCAAUCAUUAUCAAAAGCCUGUGGACAGUCACCCAGAUGUAUCUCCAAGUAUGUUGGGUGAAUGGACACAACGACUGAAAAUACAGCUGUAUUUACAGGCUACUAGAAAGAAUGUCUUAAAAAUUCAGUAAAGUUGCCAAGUUGAAGAGUGAUUUGGUACAACCUAACAAAAACAGCUCUGCAAAGAUGCCAAAUUUUGCAGAUAUUUGUAUGGUAGGGUCAAGUUUGUGGCUUCAAUGUACCAUACAAAGGUCAUUGAGAUUGCACCAGCCCACUCAUCAUCUUGACCAUUUUUAUAGUAUGUCUGAGAAUUAGUGCACAGAAGCUUGUCUGAUAUCGAGCAGUGCCACAAGAAUAUAAGUGAGCAUUUCUGAUAGACGGGUUUUUAUACUCCUCACCAUUGGCCCGGUUGAGCGCAGUGACAUGUCAAAAUUCACAGAAGGGAGUUAGCAAGGAGAGUUUUCAGUAAACAGUGACGGAGUAGUUUGAACUCAAAAGCCUUCAUCUGAACAUAAAAAAAAGGUUUUGAGGGAAUUCCUUCAAGCCAAAUUUAAUGGUUUGUAAAUUUGCCUCUGUUGUUUAAGCUGGCCCUAAGGUCACGUUUCACGCCAUCAUGAGCUCAUUCACUGGAGUCAUGUUAGGCCUGUUGACACUUUACUUCACAUUGGAUUAAUCACAAAAUGCAUAAAAAACAAGCCAAUCAAAAAUACCCACGUCUUUGCGACUCAGGGAUUCCAACACAAUAUUGUGCACUAAUUUGCAGACACUAUACAGAAGGUUUAGAGUGUCUGCGAUGCAGGCAAUGUCUUCAUUGGAUUGUGACAAAUCACUUUUAAACUUGGUAAUUUAUCUAGUUUUAAUGUGGCUCCUUCCCUUGAGUUUCAAAGGAUGUUCACUUAUUCCUUAAUCAAAACUAAAAAAAAUGGGGAAUGUCUAUUGAGUAACAUGAUUAGAGAAACUUUACUGACAAGGAACCAAAUCAUAAUGCAUGUCAACUUUAUCUUGUGUUAUUGUUAUUAGAGAGUUUUAGAUCCCAGUUUACCGUGAACCUCUAACCGCAGUUUGUAGUUACCCGUUUGUGGUUUGACGUUGAAACAUAAUUCGAUUUAGAUUUGCAGUGGAUUAAAGACGUGGAUUCUGGUUUAUUUUUCCAUUUAGAAAUAGAAGAAAAAUCAAUCAGCAAAAAUAAAAGAAAUUUACAGGAACACUGGUUUAUCUAGCAGUAAAGAGCUGUAAAUUCUUACAUUAGUUCUUCUUGCAAUUUUACGGCCGCCAUUUUGAAUCAGCAGCCAUGAAUGGCGCUUGUUUUCAAGAUCCAAUAGCAUUCAUCAAAUUUAGCAUUUCACUUGAAUUUAUGCCUCUGUUAAUGGUUAAAGACUUACUCCACAAGAUUUUUGUAUCAUUACGUUACUAUCUCCCCAUGUUGAAAACACACGUCAUAAACCUCAAACAUGACGCAAAAGACUUGUCACGUGACCUCCAGCGGUUAGAGGUUCGCGGUAAACUUGGAUCUAAAACUCUCUAUUUUGUAAAUAUCUAAAAUGUCUUCAUUUCUGAAUGUUCUUCAAAUAACAUUUCUUUUUUGUUGUUUUUUUUUUUUCAUGCAGACUUUCCUAUAGGGCCGAAAUGCUUAGAAAUCAGCUUAAAGCAAAAUUAUCUGUCUUAUACUUAUGAUUUAGUUCCUUUUUCUAAGUGGUGGGUGCCAGAGCAAACUCGGGAGCAUCAUCGGGUGCUUCUCGGUUUGACGCUGGUCCCACCGUACGUUCAAUAACCAUAUUAGCGCUCCGUUGGCUUUGACGUCGUGUUGCUUUUACGGUCUAACCGAGCCAUUAAACCAUUCAACUCUGUGCCGCCAAAGAAGUGGCCUCACACAGAGUCUCUUCCUGUUUGGGACGUCCUCAUCUAAACCUGAGGAAUUGCGGUCAUGUCUUCCUGAUUCAGGUUCAGACAAAGACUCCUCUGAGGACAUAGACUCAACAGACAUACAUGAACAGUACUUGUCCUUGUCUGACUGGCUGAUGCUGGUAGAGUCCCUCAGAGCUUUGGCCCUUUUAUUUUUUUUCUGAAAGAAAAAUGAAGAGCAAGACUUAGCCAGCAGCCAACAAGUAACCCAAAGUUAAUAAACAUACAUGUACUACUCAUACCGAGCAUAAACAUGAUUGAGUUGCAGAACAAUGAUGCAAUGCUAAGCAAUUCUUCCUGUAUAUUAUUCCGACUAGCUCUUUUAUGAAGUAUAUAUAAAAUAAUAUUGUUUUUGCAACAGGUGUUAAAAUAGGAAGCAGAAAUGCCUCUCUCAGCCGAUUCUGCAUUUGUUAAAGUAUGAAGCACACUAUUCCUUUCUUGUUCCAAUUUUUCCACAAGAGGUUAUAGAAAAUAGCAUAGUAAUUUAUUUGCCUUUUAACAAAAUAUACUUGCCAAGUUUUUUCUGCUUCUCUUUCGUUGUCCCUUCAUGACAUCUGCCUUCUUGUUGCUGUCUAUGAUCUUUUGCUGCCGUUUUUUGGUGCGAAAAUGAACACGCAUCGCAGCUAAAGGGAUAAAAGACAAUACACAAUUACUUUAUAUUUAUAAAUAAUUAGUUAAAAAAAUUAACUCACACGGUCAACACUAUGUUGCAUUUAUUUUGAGCCUCAAAAACUCUUUCACAUUGGCUUGUUUUGGCUUUGAAGUCAUAUCUGUAUACAUAUUAGCCAAGAAGCACAUUAAACACAGGAUAUGAGUGAGGGUAAGCAAAAAAGUAUGAUGGGGAGAGGAAGAAAAGGAAAUGCCUUUACCAUGCCCAGACAUCUUACUGAAAAUACUGUUUUGUUAGUUAAUGGGGGACAAUAACUGUAAGUCAGCUAACGCUGUUGGUCUAAACAAACAAACAGGAACACUGCAUGACAACACCACACUGCAAGAAUGGAUGCACAGCAAAAACACUUGAAAAAUGUGGCAUGAUGUGAAACACUCGGUAAGAAGAGGAAUUAAGUCAAGUUUAAGUACUGUUAAGCAGAUAAAUUAAUUUCUCCAUUACGUACCCUUUAUAGUGUAAAUAUGGGUUGUGCUGUCAGUGCUACGAACACCAUCCACAAUAGCAGCAUUAACAGUUUUGUUAAUGGGAUCAGAGAAGCUAAAAAAAAAUAAGAUAAAAGAAAAUGUCUGAGUUGAAUAAUGGCUAACUUAAUAAUUGUCAUUUUAUACUACAAUGAUAUCGCAUGUUUUUACAUGUAACACUCUUGGUGACUGCUCUGAGUGUCUCUGUAAAUAAAACUGAAAGAAAUUUAUCUUGUCAUUUACAGUUUAAGAGCAGGGUGCCACAGGUCACCAGGCUUUAAUAGAGCACAGCCCUGACCAAAUUACACGUAAACUGUGAAACCAGUCAGAACCGGAAAAAAUUUAAUUAAAAGGCAACCCACAAGUUGCUUAGAAGAAUAGACAUUUAAUUGUGGUUACUUGGCAUGAUAUACCAAAAGCCUUUACUCUCAAAAAGAACGAAAAAAGACCCUGCAACAUCAUUGAGCUGUACAACAAGUAUAAAUAAUGAGGUUUGCAAUUGUCACUUAAAAUGUGGAACAAUAAUACAGCGGUCACUCAGAAUGACACUUGUGCUUCAAGAUCUGGCAAGUGCCGUCACUCGCAAAAUGAAUCAAAAUUAAGAUCUCACAUUAUCACUGUACCAUAUGUAUAAACCAUAAGAGUUUUGAUAGUGAAAUUUAUGAAAGAAGAAUCACUUGUCAUUUAAAAGUGGAACAAUAAUAUGAUGGUCACUCAGAAUGACACUUGUGCUUCAAGAUCUGGCAAAUGCCGUCACUCGCAAAAUGAAUCAAAAUUAAGAUCUCACAUUAUCACUGUACCAUAUGUAUAAACCAUAAGAGUUUUGAUAGUGAAAUUUAUGAAAGAAGAAUCACUUGUCAUUUAAAAGUGGAACAAUAAUAUGAUGGUCACUCAGGAUGACACUUGUGCUUCAAGAUCUGGCAAAUGCCGUCACUCGCAAAAUGAAUCAAAAUUAAGAUCUCACAUUAUCACUGUACCAUAUGUAUAAACCAUAAGAGUUUUGAUAGUGAAAUUUAUGAAAGAAGAAUCACUUGUCAUUUAAAAGUGGAACAAUAAUAUGAUGGUCACUCAGGAUGACACUUGUGCUUCAAGAUCUGGCAAAUGCCGUCACCAUAAAAUGAAUCAAAAUUAAGAUCUCACAAUAUCACUGAACCAAAGAGUUUUGACAGUAAAAUUUAUGAAGACAGAAAACCCGCUGAAUUAUGGACUUGCAAAGUUCACGUCACCGAAUUAUAUUGGUGUAAAACAAUGAUGGCCUGCAAAGUUAAGCAAACCUCACAAAACGAAAACCCAAAUUUAGACCUUGCGACUAUAGUAACCAUCACUGAAGAAAACUGAAAACAAACAAAUGGUAAAAUAAACCUGUAGAACCACAACAAUCAAGAUGUUAGUGUACCAGACGUUUUAGUUUUAACUGAGGUAAAAAAGGCAUUUGCUAAAAAAAAAUAACCUCUGAGAAAAAUCCCACGUGAGCUCUUUUCCAUCUACCCCAGUCAAGCUUGAAUAGACCUCUCUCACAUUGGCCUGAAAUAAAAGAAAAACGUACAGGGAAAUGAAUAUUUAUAUUUUCUCACUAUUUUUUGUCUAACCCUAUGCUUUGCAAGGAGAAACCUCUUGCUAUAGGUUGUAUUUGGAAACAUUUUACUUUAACUUGCUCUCUCUUGGCUAGAAAGGGCCAUAUCUUUUUGCACAACUUUUGACCAAAUGACAUUUGUUUUGUUUAUCUUAGACUGAAUAUCAUUAAGCAAAUUUUUGCGUUGAAUGAUUUGCUUUUUCUUAUCCUUUACAUAAAGAUAGUUUUAGUGUCUAGCAGGGUUCAUACAAAAAAUUGCAACCAUUAACAAGUAGAUAACAUGGUUUGCUGAAAGCAUAAAAAUAAAUAUAGAUACCCAAAAACUGAGACAGAAAACACAGACAUAUAUGCUGGUGGUAUUUAGACUUGAAACUUACCGAUAGCUCCUUAGGUAGACGCUUGUUUUUCGGAGGAUUUUCCCGCCCUUUCUGCUGUUGCUCUGUCACCCGCUGCGCGUGUUUUUCAAACAGUUCUUUCUGGCUUUCAAAUAAAGCUUCAAGCUUGGUCAUAAGAUCUUCUUCACGAGAGUUAGGUACCUCAACCAGCGCAGACGCCAAAUUUAGAGGUUCAAGAAGGCGAUUAGCACUGCUUCGAUCGUUUCCUGGAACCCUUGGAACCAGCGGGGCGAUAGAAGUCGGCGAGGAAUUGUCUUGUGCACUGUUCGGAGAGGAACUGCUUGAAGAGGAAUAAUUGUUUCGUGCACUGCUUGGAGAGGGAUUAUUGCUUUGUGGUCUCCUUGUAGAGGAACUGCUUUGUGAUCUGCUUAGAAUGGACAAAGACGGGGAACCAGGAACCAGCGGGGCGAUAGAAGUCGGCGAGGAAUUGUCUUGUGUACUGUUCGGAGAGGAACUGCUUGGAGAGGAAUAACUGUUUCGUGCACUGCUUGGAGAGGGAUUAUUGCUUUGUGGUCUACUUGUAGAGGAACUGCUUUGUGAUUUGCUUAGAAUGGACAAAGACGGGGAACACGACGAUGUCGAUUCGUGCUGCUCUGUAUCAUCAUGGCUUUCUGGCGGGCUUUCUGGCGCAGGCGGCGUUGAAUGCUUCGCGGAAUUCGAAUAAAAUCGACCAGGACUUUUCCCAGAUUUCUUGCUGGAAGAAGUCGGCCUCGAAGGCUUAGUGCGACGUUUGCUCGGCUGAUUUGGUGGAACACGAGCCAUUUUCUGUCUAAGAAAAGAAGAAAUUUCCGUACGAAGCCAAGUGCUUAUUCAAAAUCGGCGCAAGAGAGAAAGGAACGAAAUGACGACAAUGCAAAUUCAAAUACUCCGCCUGUAAACCCGCUCCUGUCAACAGUUCUAGUUUGAGCCAAUAAAUGAGCCAACAAGGCAAAAAACUGGACUUUCAUUGGUGCUCUACGACAAAGUGAUGCUAUUUAAUGAUUGAUCGAUUGAUUGCAUAAUUUGCCGGGUUUACCGCCGCGUAGCUGCAUCGAAGGCUCAUAAAGAUUCUACAGCUGUAGUCAAGUGAGCAUGGCUCCAAAGAAGCGGCGAUUUUGCCCUCAUUGCGAAGAGAAUGUAUCGGUGAGGACAUAUAGAGACCAUUUUGAACUGUAUUUCGACAAGGAAAAAGAUGAGUGGCAGAAAGUCCAAUCUUCUGACGAGGACGAUAGCUUCUCACAAGCCGAAACAAGGUGUCAUUUGCGUGAUGCGUGCAGCGGGAUGGCCAUGGAUUAGGCUGACGGUUCAGAAGGCGAGAUCUAUCACAGUGAAACUACAGACAAACACACACAAUCAGCGCAUGGUAAGUGUAUUCUAGAUAAAAAUGUCAUCUUGACGGCUAAGUUGACAAAGUGUUUUCACUGUUACGCGAUGGAAAAAUAAGUUUGAAACCGUUCAACGAAAGAAGCCAAGAAAAUAAAAUGUUACAAUCAAGGGUCGGGGGAGCGGGGGGAAGGGACGAGGUCUGGGACCGAGAAACGAUGUUGUCACAACUUGCAAAGCGGUCACCCAGCGUGGUGGUCAGGGGAUAAUUACAGUAUUUUUCCCACAGUAAAUAUUUUUAGACUUUUUAGAAGCAAGAAGCGAACCAACGGAGGAAAUAAGAAAUGCUUAAAAAUUGAAAAAAAAAAAAAAAAUCAUGUAUCUUUGUUUUUCUUGCAUAUCCUAUUCGUCUUUCGGUACUGAAAUGCGGGGGAAACUAAAACGCAACCGUGCUAGAUCUUAACCAACAACAAUGCCCUCGAUGGAUUUAUUUAUAGGUUACAUCGUUUUUGCUGGGCAAGGAUAACUUGAUACUGAUAUAAAAAAUUACUGGAGCAAGUGUCAAAUUUAUCGGAAGCAGGUAUAUUCAAGAGAGCUUUAUUAAACUGAGCUUACUGCUGUAGAUAUCAUAACUGAAUAAAAAUUAACACUUCAUAACAUUUCACUUCGUUUAUUUCGAUCAGUCAACACCUUGAAUCCAAAGUUAAAAUUCAAAACGAUCCUAAAACAAAUCACAACUAUUACUGAAAGCUCUGUACCUUGAAGCGACUUUAACUUUCCUAUGGUUUGCAGCAAAACACUGCUCGAUAGCUCAACUCUUCGGCGGAUCUUAGCAGCUAUUCAGAGCUAUAUGUUGUAUACUCCAACUCUGCAAAGGGAAAUUGUUUAACAGAAGAAGAAAACCACACACUAUGUCUGAAAAGCGACAUAAAAUCAAGAAAUUUGCGAAUUACCAAAAUAUAAUAGUGAGAAACAGUCCCGCCUUCGACUGCCGUGUUUUUGCUUUUUCUCAAGACCGUUGAUCUAUGGUUUUUGACGUAAUGCGCAUGAUCAGUACACAAAUCCGCUGGCAAGACCCUUGCUGAUCGCUUCGCAAGUUGUGAGAACAUCAUUUGGAUUUCAUUUAAGAGAAUGUAUGGGAAGUAGCUUCCCCCACCCUGGUUACAAUAGACUCAUGAUCAUAAAUGUACCAAGUAAGUUUAUGUAAGUCUUGAGUCUUGGGUAACUUGCUGAUUAAAUAAUUCCAAAAGUUCGAAAAGUUAAAAGUGAUGCAGAAACAAAUGCAAAUGCAAAGCACCUUUUAGUUGGUAGGACAGACUCCUUAUGUUUUUGUUGUAUCGUGUUUUAUUUUGCAAUUUUGAAAAUAGUAGUCAAUUUUGUAAAACUUUUUUGGGCUUAAAUUACUUGUAAAUGCUGUAACAUUGUAUUUUUCCUUUAUCUCUUGUACGUUUUUUGUAUUUUUCCUCCAUGUAAAUGUAAGUAUUGUCAUUAGAAGUGUGGUAACCAAAUAAAUGUUACUAAAAAAAAUAAAAAAUAAAAAAAAUGUAAAUGAUCAGAAAAAAAAAAAGUCUCGGGUCUGUGCGUCGUGCAACGCAGGUUUAGUUACAUUUUCCAAAAAGGGACGCGCAAUUUUACAGCACUCAACCAGGUUUUGGCAUCCAGCGGUUUUAGUGAAAAAACAAGAGUUUGGGUGGGGUGUUCAGUCACGCAGGCUCAUAUUAAAAACCUGGUCUUGCUGAUUCUUAUUUACGGAUUUUCAUUGCAUUAGGCAUGGGUCGCACUUGGAAAAUUGUUUGGAGAAUUAAUUCUUUUAAGUCUACCUUGCGUCAGAAAUCUGUCCUCGGUCGAAAACAAUAAAUUUGCUAAUUUAAAUUUACUAAGGUAAUAUAAUUUUAUUUUUUACCUUACCCACUUCCCCAAAUAGCGAUUUUGAUGAUGAGGUGCCCUUUUAUAUGUCAAUCAAUUUGAAAACAAACAUCCAAUACCAAAAUGGCGUAAAAAGUUACACUUCUUUGCUGAUUGUUUUUAUUUUGAAACCUGUAUUAUGUAACUUGGUUUAAAAUACCUCACUAAUAUCUUAUUGAAAGGUUACAUGUAGCUUGUGGACUGAUAUGAUUGGACUAUGUAAUCUUGGAUUUCCCUGAUCUGUUAGGACUAUACAUAAUUGAGUGUGCAUCCAAUACUUUGUAAUAAUAUUAUUAGUAGUAAGUAUUAUUUUUUGUUGUUCAUUACUUAUCAGAUACCACUGGAGUGCCCAUUAAAAAUCUUGAAGUCGAGGAUUAUUUGUUAUUAAAAGGGAGUGAUUCAGAUUCCAGUGAUUUUAUGUACCAUGAAAAGAUGCGACCAGAUGUUUUGAUGGAAUUUUGGAACAUCGCAGGUGAAGAUGUCAAUGAAGACUUCCCUCAAGGUCUAAGUAAUGUGCCCACGGUGGAUGUCUCUGAAACCUCAAGAAUAAUCGCAAGUGCAAGAGCUAUUGUUCGUUGGAUGCUAAUAUUUCUAUGCCUGUGGUCAUCUUUUUGCUCACUCUCUGACAAUGCCUUUGAAGCACUCCUUGCUUUUUUACGUGCAGUUUUUGAUUCCUUGGGAACCAUUUUUCCAAUAGUGGAAAGGUUUGGUAUGUUACUUCCAAAAUCACUCCAUUUGCUUCGGAAACAACUUGGACUUGAUCGGGAUAAGUUCAUAAAGUAUGUUGUGUGCCCCAAGUGUCACAGUUUAUAUAACUUUGAUGAUUGCUAUGAAACUCUUCACAGACGAAAAGUCUCAAAAAAUUGCACUUUUGUCCAGUACCCACAUCACCGACAGCAUUUUCGCAGGACUGCAUGCAGGGAACCCCUACUUAAAGAGGUAACAUUAAAGACAGGUGAAACAAAACUUUACCCAUUCAAAGUGUACUGCUACAAUAGUGUCACUGAAAAUCUAAAGUAUUUUCUUCAAAGACCUGGCUUUGCCUCUAUGUGUGAAUCAUGGAGAAACAGGGAUAUUCCAGUUGGAUAUCUAGCUGAUGUAUUUGAUGGUCGCAUCUGGAAGGAAUGGCAAUUUGCCUUUGGAAAACCUUUCCUUGCAGCACCUAGAAAUUAUGGUUUUAUGCUGAAUGUAGACUGGUUUCAGCCAUUCCGACACUCACUGUACAGUGUGGGGGCUCUAUACAUGGCAUUGAUGAACCUUCCAAGAACUGAAAGGUUCAAACCAGAGAAUGUGUUUUUUGAUUGGUGUCAUUCCUGGGCCCCAUGAACCUAAACUGAACAUUAAUACUUACUUGCAGCCUCUUGUUGCUGAGUUGAGAGCCUUGUGGGAACAUGGUGUAAGUAUUAAAGCACAUGGCCUGACCUCAACCCAGGUAUUUCGCGGCAGCACUUCUGUGUGUAGGUUGCGAUGUCCCUGCAGCAAGAAAGGUUUGUGGUUUUACAGGUCAUGCAUCAAACGUUGGCUGUUCUAAGUGUCAAAAGCAUUUUCCAGGCACAGUGGCAACUAAAAUUGAUUUCUCUGGAUUCGAUCCUUCACCUCUACGAAGUAAUCAGGAACACCGGCAGCAAGCUCAAGAGAUCCUGAACCAGACCUCUGCAGGUGACUGUUCCUCCUUGGAGCAAAAGUAUGGUACUAGGUACAGCGAACUGAUGCAGUUACCGUACUUUGACUGUGUCCGUUUUCACAUAGUUGAUCCAAUGCAUAACCUCUUUACAGGAACAGCAAAACAUGUCAUGAGGAACAUUUGGCUUGACUCAGACAAGCCAUUACUUGACAAGAACGACUUGCUUCAGGUACAGGAGAAAUUGGACAAGGUGAAAGUGCCAGCCUCUGUUGGAAGAAUGCCUAAGAAAAUUAGGAACAACUAUGGAGGUUUCACUGCUGAUCAAUGGAAGACAUUCACCGUGAUAUUUUCCAUAUAUUCAUUAUGGAACAUCUUGCCAAAGGAUGACUUAGAACUGUGGCGUGAGUUUGUUUUGGCUUGUUCAUAUUUAUGUGCAUCUGUUAUAACAGAGGCUAAAGCAAUGUUGGCUCACACACACCUCUUAAACUUUGGCAAGCGUUUUGAAGAAUUGUAUGGUAAAGAAACAGUCACCCCAAAUAUGCAUUUGCAUACACAUCUUUUAGACUGUGUUUUGGAUUACGGUCCUGUAUAUGCUUUUUGGUUGUUCAGUUUUGAGCGUUACAACGGCAUCUUGGGAGAGUAUGGUACAAAUCAACGAGCAGUUGAGAUACAGUUAAUGAGGAAGUUUACUUCAAAUCAGUCUAUGAAAGACAUUCCCCAUCCAGAUUUGUUUCAAGAAAGAUUUAAGCCAUUACUAUCAAGACUGACUAGUAAACAGUCAGGAACUCUGCAAGAAGGCUCCUCAAAUGAAGAUGACAAAUCUUUUUUUCACAAGUCAUCCAUGCAAGUCGCCUCUCCAUUGGCCCUGUACAAAGAGGUGAUCAGUGGUCCUGUGCAGAGUCCCUGUUCAUGUGCUGUGGACCUUCUUCCAGAGAUUGUUUUGAUGCUAGUGACCUUUGUCAUUUAAAACAAUGUUAUAGUGCCAUUUUUAAUGGUGUAGAUGAAGAUUCUGUUACACCAUACUUUGAGAGGUCUGCUGCCUGUAAAUUCAAUGGAGACCAGCUGGGAUCUAGCAAAUCUAGAAGUGACAGGUCGGCCUUUAUCACAGCAAGAUGGUGCAAACUUGGGGGUACAAUUGACAGUUCUGGGGCUGAUUUGAGGCCUGGAGUUGUAGAUUUUUUUAUGAAGCAAAAUGUGAUAGUGAAUGGUCAGUAUCUGUCAUGUAUAUUGGCAUCAGUUCACUGGUUUCAAGCUCAUCCCUCCAGACAUGCCUUAGGAGCUCCAGUUGAAGUCUGGUGCAAAGAUCUAUUUGAACCAGAAGGUAAUGCAAGUUUCAUCCCUGUCCAAAGAAUCCAUGGGAAAUUCAUCCCAGCGCUUGACAUUGUUGAAGGAGAAAAUGUUCUUGUUGUUUGCCCUCUUCCACGCAAGCUUCAGUGUUAGUGUUAUGUUUCAAAGAUUAAUGUAUUAAGAUUCCCGAGAGGGGGGGGGGGAGUCAGUGAGAGUUUAAGUGGAGGUGUGCCUUCGAGCCCUUCAAAUUCUGAUCCUUUUUACUGCGCUUUUCACAAACAUGCUAACUCUUAAGUUCAAAAGCCGCCCUCACAAUUGUGUUUUUCGCUGCCGUCCAUUAAUAUUAUGAUCACAAGCAACGAACCUUGAAACACACAAGAUGGAUUGAAAUCCACCAAUCACAAAUCACAAACCUUGACCUUUUGAACCCGUUAAAGUAAAGUUUUGUUUCCUAAGAGGUCUGUUAAGAUGAUUGACGGCAGCGAAAAACGCAAUCUUCAGUUGGCUUUGGAACUUUAGAAUUCGCAUGUUUGUGAAAAGCGCAGUAAGACAAGAGAGCUACAUGUACUAUCACAACCCUGAUUUUUUUCCUGUCGUUUUGCACAAGAAAUUAAUUCUUUUUGUAAAGUAACAUCAUGGAAUUAGAUUUUUCUAAAAUAUAAUUUAUUGUUGGUACCUAUCAUCUGGACCAUGCAUCACCAACAGUCACGCUCUCUUUAAAGCUUUGGAUCCAAAAAGACACCUUGUUCAAGCUGCAAAAUAGUGAAUUAAUUUCACUUUUUUGUACCUUGAAAAAAGAAACAGAUACCCUCUCUGGCCAAAACUAAUAAGGUACUGCAAACCUGCGCCCCUGCGCCACCCUAACCACCACCACAUGGGGAGAUUCAGAGUUAACUUUACAAUAGGUAUGCAGGAUUGUGAGGGUGAAACAGUCUCCUCAACCAGAUCACAAACUGCCGGUUUCGGCCAAAAAAAAGUAUAAAGAAGUUGACCGGUAAGAACAUUGGUGAAGUAUUGAUGAUACCAAAUUAUUAGACCUCAGGCUAAUUUCAAACAAGUUUGUUUAACUCAAGAUGUUAUUGUUUUGAAUUGCAAUCAGAUUAGUAUGGGCAGGGCUGGGAACAAUGUCCAAGGUACUUUUUUCAACAAUGAUAUUUUAUUGACAGUGGUCAAGAACUGAUACUCGAAUGUAUAUAUUUAUUUUGUAUAACAAUCUAUUAAUAGUAUUUACCAAAUCA